AUGUCUUUACUCUGUCUCUCUCUUUUUUUGUCUCUGUUCCUCUUUGUCUGCCUAAGGCUCUCUGUCUGUCUCUCUCAGUUCCCUCCAGGUGUCUAUCUUUCUCUAACUUGCUCUUUUUCUGUGUGUACAUGCCCAUGUCACCCUCUCCCUCUGCCACUCCCCUACCAGGCUGGCCGCCAUCCCUGGUCUUCUCCAGCUGUGAACGGGUCAGCGGGGCAGGAGCCCCAGAGGCAGCUCCCGGAUAUGCUGAGUGGGGCUUGGGAACCACCUCGAGGAGAUGGGCUGCCCCUGCUCACUGUCAUCAUCACUGCCUUUGUCCUGCUGGCAGUCUGUAUUGUGGUGGCAGUCCACUUUGGGCCAAGACUACAUCAGGGCCAUGCCACUCUCCCCACAGAGCCACCAGCCCCGAAGCCAGAGGGUGGCAUCUACCUCAUCCACUGGCGAGUGUUGGACCCCUGGGACAGUCAUGAAGAUGCCCAGCAGGAACCUCCUGUCCCUGGCUCCUACCCUGUGCCAGAUGGGCCUACACUCAGCAUUGAAGAAGUCACAUAUCUAUAGGAGGAAGACUUUGAAAAGCUGGACUGACCUGGCUCAGAACAAGCAACUGGACAGAGAAUUAGGGCAAAAGAAAAUUGGGUCUUGGGCAUCAGAGCUUUGGAAGGGCACACGUGGACUCAGCUGGAGCUGCUCUCCCUGCAGAAUAUUUAUAGAGAAAGCCCUGAUGUGGACAGGAGAAAUAAAAGAAA